UUUCCUCUCCUCUCGCGCGCGCAAUGGCUUCGCGGAGAGGCAGAUACGACCAAGAUGCAGACGUGGACAUGACUGACGGCUUCCAUGACGAUGCUGGCGACGAUGCUGGCGGCGGCGGCGGCAUCGAGAGUGUUGACCACAUGGCCAAAGGCCUAGUCCGGUAUGCAUUGUCGUGUGAGCACUCACGCAAGCCUAUCAAGCGUCAAGACAUCAACGAAAAAGUGCUCGGCUCCCAUGGGCGUCUGUUCAAGCAAGUCUUUGCCCAGGCCAACAGUCAGCUCAUGCAUGUCUUUGGCAUGCACCUGGUCGAGCUGCCGAGGGCCGAACGGGUGACGCUACGGCAAAAGCGCGCCGCUGCAGCUUCGGCCGCCGACUCGCAGACCAAGUCGACCAGCGUAUGGGUGUUGCAGAGCAUGCUGCCCGACCAGUACCGCAUGCCCGCAAUCAUGGGGCCGUCGCGGCCGCUGGAGCGCGGCGUCAUCAACCAGGAAGACGCCUAUGUCGGGCUGUACACGCUGACGAUUGCCCUCAUCACCAUCUCGGGCGGCAUGAUUCCAGAGGGCAAGCUCGACCGCGCGCUCCGGCGCAUGAACGCCGAGCAGACGACGCCCGUGGGCACCAAGGACAAGGCGCUGGCGGCCAUGGUCAAGGACGGCUACAUUGUGCGCGUCAAGGACACGUCGGGCGGGGGCGAGGAGACGGUCGACUACAUUGUUGGGCCGAGGGGCAAGGUCGAGGUCGGCCGCGAGGGCGUCGCGCGCUUCAUACGGGCCAUGCACGGCGCGGGCGAGGGCGAGGACCAGGCGGAGCUCGAGAGGCGCAUCCAGAGGACGCUCAACGUGGCCGAGGCUCACAGCAACGCUGCGCCGGCGGCGGAGGCGUAGAGGGCGGGCGACGUGGAGACGGACUGUUACUGCAUGGGGGAGCAAGGCAGAGAUAGCAAUAGCACGUACUGGAGCAGCGAGGAGCCAAGCAGGCGCGCCUCUGCCUCAGCCUCAGCCUCCCGCACACUGACUGGCGCCUCUACUUUGUGCGCGCGCCAAGCUGCGUGAAGCGGCUCCGUUUCCCACACCAGGCGCCGCGGUGCCCACAUUGUCCCCAGCCAGCCUGCAGCCGGUUUCGCCUUUGGCUCUCGCCCUUGCCGUGUCGCUCAAAAUCCUCGCGCCAUGCCUGCUGCUGCUGCUGCCGCCGCCGCCGCCUGACGCCCUCGCCCUCG